AUGCCAGGAUCAUCGGGUGACACACACACCAGUGGUUCACCCUUUCCGCGCCCCUCCCCUGCUUCACCCCCUCCCCUCCUCCCGUCCUUCCGUCCUCUCUUCCUCCCCUCUUCCCCCUCUCUCCCCUUCUCCCCCUCCGCCUCCCCUACCCCCUUCCUCUCCCCCUUCCGCGCCCCUUCUCGCUCCCAGGAAUCCUCGGGGAACGCGGCAGCAGCGUCGGAUCCGCAGUCACAGGGCACCACAGGGGGAACGCCUUUUGACGCGCCUCAAAAGCCCCCUCCUAUCCCCCUUCCGCCCCCCCCUUCUCGCUGGCAGGAUUCCUCAGGGAACGCGGCAGCACCGUCGGAUCCACAGUCACAGGGCACCACAGGGGGGACACAGGCAGAAGCAGCAGCGCCUCACAACGUUGCUGACCUCACAGCCUUUGUCAGUUGCCGUGCCAGACCAUGCCAAUAA